AUGGCAAAAGACGUGUCGCCGUCGCCGUCGCCCUCGGUUGCGGACCUCAAUGCCUGCGUCUCGACUUCCACCGGCGGCCACCAUCACCAUCACCGGCCUGUUGCUAAAGAGACCACCUUUCGGGAAUGGAUGGUGGCCAACCAGAUAGGGAUUUCACUGACGAUCCUUGCCAUGCUCCUGGCCUGCCAUAACCUCUACCCUUCGCUGAGACCUUAUACCACGCCGUUUUUCCAGUUAUCGUAUUAUCAGCCAUCGCAGAGUGUCUAUGUGCAGGGGUGGGAUGAUUUGUACUUUGUGCUUGGUUCCGCGAUUGCGUUCACGGCCAUCCGGGCCAUUGCUAUUGAAUGGGUGUUUCAACCGCUCGCUCGGAAAGCGGGAUUGAAGCGCAAGGCCUCGGUGCGGUUCGCGGAGCAGGGGUGGUUGUGGGUAUACUAUGGGUUCUUUUGGACUUUCGGGAUGUAUAUCUGGUCGAACUCGAACUACUGGCUCGAUUAUACCGCAAUCUGGAGGGAAUGGCCCGCAAGGGGUGUGUCUGGGACUUUGAAAUGGUAUCUGCUCGUGCAGCUGUCGUUUUGGGUGCAGCAGAUUCUGGUGAUCAAUAUUGAGGAGAGACGGAAGGACCACUACCAGAUGUUGACCCAUCACAUUAUCACCAGCAGUCUGUUGGGCUCUGCGUACAUCUACGGCUUCUACAAUGUCUCGAAUGUGGUGUUGUGUUUGAUGGAUAUUGUGGACCUUUUGCUGCCGACUGCCAAAAUCCUCAAAUACUUCAAAUACGAAACGAGCUGCAACAUCGCCUUCGGAGUCUUCAUGUUCACAUGGCUCAUCGCCCGCCACGUCCUCUACCUUCAACUCUGCUGGUCCAUCUACAGAGACGUCCCCGCCGAGAUGAACUACGGCUGCUACUCCGGUACCACCGCCGAAAUGCUCACGACAGACGGAUACCCCGACCAAUGGCAAUACCUCUUCUCCCCGUUCCUGGAUAUCGACGGACCUAUCUGCAUGAACCGGACUAUCAAGUGGAUCUUCCUGUCGUACCUGAUGUCGCUGCAAGUGCUUUCUCUGAUCUGGUUUGGGAUGAUCGUCCGUGUUGCCGUCGGGGUGCUGCGCACCGGGAAUGCGGAGGACACUCGUUCCGAUGAGGAGGAUGAGGGAGUUGAGUCUCCUGGGCAAGUCCAGGUUUCCAGCAAGGAUGGCUCCGCGGGGACGACCAUUGCCGCUGACAGUGCCAGCGCAGACUGGCGACGGGCCAACAGUUCCUCAAAUAUGCGACCCCGUGGUCGUGGACGUCUUCCGCUGGAGCAAAGUGAUCGGAAGGCACUGCUUGGUCGCAUUGGAUGUGAUAAGCCGACCUAA